AUGAGUGAGGUUUCAUCCACACGGCUCUAUCUUGGGAAUCUUCCCCGCAAUGUGACUAAAAAGGAUAUCGAAGACUAUUUCGGGUCCCAUGGCACCGGCAAAAUCACGGAGAUCAAGUUGAUGAACGGAUUUGGUUUCAUUGAAUAUGAAGAUGCGAUGGAUGCUCGGGACGUUGUCCCAGCCUUCCAUGGUAGCGACUUCAAGGGAGAACGUCUGACUGUUCAGUUUGCGCGUGGGCCCCGCCAUAAGGAGACAUUCAAUGGCCCUUCAGAUCGUCCUAGUGCGCCCAGGCCUCGCCGUACAGUUUUCCGUAUGCAAGUAUCAGGUCUUCCUACUGAGACAAGCUGGCAGGAUCUCAAAGAUUUCGCUCGUCAAUCCGGACUAGAUGUGGUAUAUUCUGAAACUACUCGUGAGCGCGACGGUAGAGGUUUCGUCGAAUUUGAAUCCCACGCCGAUCUCAAAACAGCCGUUGAGAAGCUCGAUGGAAGGGAAUUAAAAGGCUCUCAAGUGACUUGUGUCGCUGAUGUCCAACCCGCAGAGGAGAGACCCCCAUAUCGCGACCCUUACCGAUCCCGCUCGCCUCCACGUCGAGGAUACCCUCCCACAGAUGAAUAUGAUAGACGAGGGCCUCCACGUGGUUACAGUCCCCGACCACACUAUCGCGAACGCUCCCCACAAGCCAUGCGACGGGAUUAUUACGAGCGGGAUGGCUAUGGAAGGCGUAGUCCGCCACGGCCACGCAUGGAGGAUUACCCUCCACCGCGACGCCCAUACGAUGACCCUUACGCACCACCACCUCCACCUCCCCCUCGGCACUAUGACGAUCCCUACUUUGCAGGAAGGCCAUACGGACGUCCACGAAGCCCGCCGCGAGGUGAUUAUGGAGCGUACGAACGACGCCCGUACUGGUAA